CCAACGGCCAUCAUGCAGCGCAUUGUUCUGCUGAAGCUGAGGUAGAAAUCGAGCAUACCGGCGUGUUUUCAAACACAAACUCUGUUAAGCUGAAAGAAGCGAGGAAGGUUCUUCUAUAUUUCAGUCUUCCCGAGACAGCAAGACAAUUCUUAACGCUGACCUUUCUCGUGCACGCACUCUCCUAUGCCGCCGUGAUCUUCACAGUUGGUGUCUUCGUCCUCAUUCCGGCGGACCUCGCUCGUGACCACGGCCUAAACCCUUCAAACGCGGUGUAUUUGCUGCAAGCUUUCUCAGCAGCGGACAUCGGCUUCAGAUCGGUGGUGGGCAUCGCCGUUGAUUCGCGGGUGUUGUCUCAUGAGUCAAUCAUGCUACUCGGAUUCCUAGUUCAAGGCCUCACUUACGAGUGGAUGGUCUGGACGAAUACACUGCCGCAACUGAUUGUCGCGUCUGCCUGCGUGGGUGCCACGUACGGCUCACGGUCGUGCCUGCUGGCGCCCGCCUUGGUCAAGGACUUCGGCAUCACCACUUUGCCAGUGAUUAUAGGUGGCGUGUUCUUCUGCACUGGCGCGUCUCUUCUCCUGCGUCCUGUCCUUAUCGGCUACUACAGGGACUCCCACGGGGACUACACCGGACUGCUUCAUUUGAUGACGGCCCUCAAUGCAUUUUUUGUGUGCGUUUGGACGUUCAAGUUGGUAGCUAAGUGGCGGACAAGGACUCCAGUAACAUCUCGCAUCACACCCAAUACCCCCUUAUGAAAAACUUCUGUCGUAAAACACGUUCGCUGAGAGUGUAGAAGGCCCAUCGAAACUCAUCUCCUGGCCUUCGCUUAACAGCGUUCAAGCCUCUCUUUUAACAAGGAAAGCCUAAAUACUAGCACUUAGAAAAAGAGCAGCACGAAACUCUACUGUGAUUGGGCAGGUACGAUUCCAGAAAACUAUAAGGGCAAAAGGACUGAGAGGGGAGACGUACGCGUAACUGAGGGCAGCUCAGCUCUUACACAGUUCACUGUCUGCAAAUGCGUCAAAUUCGCACGGCAUGAUUCCGAGGCACUCAGUAUUACAUUCCAAGAAAGAAACUGAAGGAAUGUGUUGUUUUGUGUGAGUUUCAGUAAGUAAUGUCAAUUAGCGUGUAACUAAAUAUCUAAUUCUGCAAUCAGUGAGCUUCAAUCCUUGCAUAAAAAGAAUCAACUACUAGGCCCAAAAUGCAUGCACACCUUUUUUUUUUGUUGU